AUGUGGCCGACGGACAACCUGUCGGCGCUUUUUGGGCGUAAACAGCCUCGGUCCAGCCGCUCGUUUGGACGUGUUAAUCAGGCCACGACCGAGUGGCCAGUUUGGCCUCAGCCCGUCCGAGGCGGGAUGGGGCCCAGUGUCCGACGUAGAAUCCCUCUUCUUCCUCCCCCCCCACCCCUCCAUGCGGUAGAGGCGAAUACGAUCCGGUUGAGGAGAACCAUUUGGAACGUCUGCAAAGGUGAACGCGGACACACAAGCCGCCAAAUUCUGACUCCCAUCGAUCUGUGA